AACAAGGAUGUCGUGCACAUGGGUCAAUGUACAACGUCUACUAUAAAAGGUGAAGGAGCUGGCCAAGAACGCUAUCACGGGCCACCUGGAAAUUAAGAACAACUCUUAGUGAUCAUAGCCUUUCCAGAAGAAAGGACUUAGCGUCUUCAUAUAUAUCUAAGAUUCUUGCGCCAGCUAACUAUCCUACUCUUUCGAGGAUCAACCUUUCCACAUCUUGAGCAAAUAAAGGAGUCGCAUUAAUGGAACUCUCAUCCGGGAAAUGGCUUUCCGAAUUGGAAAUGGAUGAUUACGAGUACAUCCACCAAUGCCACAUGAACGGUACUAUUGAUGAUGGAUUUACCACGAACUACAUCGCCACUGCAAUGCAAGAGAACUUUCAGCAAUCUCUCUCUUCAGAAAGCUAUUCUUCUUACCCUGCCUUCAAUACCGAAAACACCAUCACCACCACAACCACCACCGUUAGUAAUUCUUCCAUUGAAACACCUCGAAACAGCUUUGAGAGGCUAGCCAAACAAACAAAGAUUGACACUAGUACUUGGAACUCUGGCAUCACAGAGCAUGAAUCACCAAAACCUUCUUCCUCCCCCGGAGGCCAUAUUCUUUCAUUUGGGAAUCCGAAUUCGCUUCCAGACAACCCUAUGCAGUUCUAUAGGAAUCUUGGUUCUUCUUUGAAGCCGAAGCAUGAGGUUGUUUCUCCAGUAAAUAUACACGUACCUAUGAUUUCCAGGGGUUCCGUAGAGAACCAAAACCAUGCUCCAAAAGCCAGCCAGGGUACUAAGCGGGCCAGCUCAGUGACUAGAUCAACACAUUCAAACGCUCAAGAUCACAUAAUGGCAGAGAGAAAGCGUAGAGAAACGCUCAGCCAACGGUUCAUAGCUCUUUCAGCCAUUGUUCCUGGGCUUAAGAAGAUGGACAAAGCUUCAGUCCUUGGAGAUUCUAUUAAGUACGUGAAAGAGCUUCAAGAACGUGUGAUCUUGCUCGAGGAACAGACCAAGAAGAGGACUGUGGAAUCAGUUGUUUUUGUGAAGAAGUCUCAGCUUUCAGCGGAUGAUGAAACCUCUUCAUGUGACGAGAACUUUGAGGGUCGAUCUGACGAAGCACUCCCAGAAAUAGAAGCAAGAAUCUCAGACAAGGAUGUACUCAUCCGAAUUCACUGCGAGAAAAACAGAGGAGUUGUUGUGAAAAUACUAGGCGAAAUAGAGAAGCUUCAUCUAUCUGUUGUCAAUAGCAGUGUCUUGCCAUUUGGGAAUUCUACACUUGACAUAACUGUAAUCGCUCAGAUGGACAAUGCUUUCGACUUGACCGCAAAGGACUUGGUGAAAACCCUACGAGUGGCUUUAUAAAUUAGAUGUAAAUUCAACAUGGUAGACCAAGAGCAGCUCGUGCACUGAAGACUUCCUUUCUUUUAACAUCAAUUGCUUUGCAAAAAUAAUCCAUGUUUUAUCUCUCAAGAGAAAUCAGGCCAUGUGGACCUCUCCUUUAUUUAUUUUUCAUUCUUUUUGGGACCAUUUGCCAUUUCCAAAGCUUAUAGCUUCUCGUGAGGGUUCUAAUUUGCCGGAUGGUUUUUUCUUGUUCUUGAUUUUUACGUGGUCGACUCAUUGACCACGUUGAAUCAUCCGCUCUCUGUAAACAGAAACCUCAAGGCUAUAGUUUAUCAUAACCGGGAAUAUUUCGAGGUUUGACCCUUCAUAAUUAGGCUUAUAAUCCUAAUGAAAUCUCUUUGAUCUUCCUUUUUUGUUUUCCUGGCAUGGUACUUUUAGAGAAGGCAGAAUUGUACGUGGUCUGUGUUGAUCUUGUACUGCAGAGAAAAGCAGGAAGUCUCUUAGGAGUUAGAUCCAGUUUUUUUGUAGGGGGAAUGUAAAAUUUACUUCUAUAAGUACUGUACUAUUCAGCUGGAUUUUUUCAAGUCAAUGUAAGCUCUGAUCACCAAAUUACAUAAUA